AUGAGACUGUUGUCAAAGUUUAGUCUCCUGAUUGGCUUAUCUACCGCCAAUGGCCUGUAUCAUCAAGAAAGAAGGGACGAGUCUCCAUUCCCAGUUAACCUUGAGCUCGUACUUGUAUUUCCACGCCCUAGCGAAACCUAUUACCCCGUGUAUCCGUUUCCUGUUGUCUUCGCCAUAAGUGGCGCAUCAUCGAUAUGGCCAUAUGGAUUCAAUGUCGCUUGGGCUUUAGAGAGCACUGCAAGUGAUGACAGGAGCCUGGAGUCGCAAUGGCUUGUUCCUGCUGGCGAUUACACCUCGGGCUCGCUCGAUCCUGCCGCAGAGCCAUACUACUUCAUUUCGGGCAGUGAGGUCUUUGUCAAUUCUUCGGCUACGGACUGGACUCUUUCGUGGUCCGUCUCAAUACCCCAAGAGUGCUAUCCUCUGGGUGACGUUGGAACGUACACCCAAGCCGGCUCGAUGAACUUUUCUACGUCUUUGAAUGGCACUCUACCAAACAUGACCGGAGAUGUCUUUGAAGCGACAAGAAUCCGAUUUCUGGACGAAAUGAAAACUCCAAAGAAAACUCAGGGUACAAUAGAAUCUAAAAGAUGCCUGGUGGUGGAUAAAAAGCCCUUGACAGGAGAUUUCAAGCAAGUUCAUCCUGGGUCGAAAUUGGAAGCCAACGUCACAUCGGCAAUGCUUGAGGCUGCGGCGUGCCCGAGCAAUGCCUCAUGGCCCGAUGUUGAGAAUCUGCAAGACGGCGAAUCAUGCAAAGAGAUGUAUCCUAAUUACGAAGCCGAAGACAGCUCAGGGGAUAAACCCACUUCUACAAUGGUUUGGGUAUUGUGGGGGGCGUUGCUCGGAGGAAUAUUUCUGGUAUAGUUGUGCGCUUGAAAGAUUAAAAAGACUGAGCCGACAGACAUAAGUAGAAGAUAUAGAACAG